GUUACGUUAUCUAUCUCCAUUCUCAUCAGUCUUCACGUGUUCUUCCUACUGGUUGUGGAGAUCAUACCGCCUACUUCGUUGGUGGUUCCUCUCCUGGGGAAAUACCUCAUAUUUGCGAUGAUUCUCGUAUCUAUAAGUAUAUGCGUAACGGUGGUUGUUCUAAACGUCCACUUUCGUUCACCACAGACCCACAAAAUGGCGCCAUGGGUCAAACGGGUGUUCAUCCACAUACUACCAAGGCUACUGGUGAUGCGAAGGCCAACGUACAAGUUCGAGCCAAGCCGGUUCUCAUCGGGGAGAGUUCUGAUGAGGACUGUGAGGGGCAAGGAGAAGACGAAUUACUAUCCUUAUCAUCCGUCUAGCCAGGACGACAGCGAGGAGCACUUCACACCCAAGAGGUUUCAUAGUCGUCCAGUAUCUAAAGAAGAUAUUUCUCCAUCGAGCUUAACGGAUGGAGCAAGGUUUGGCGGAAGCUGCCUAAUUCACGGGCCUCUGCCUCCUCUACCUUUGAACGCCGACUGUGAGGAUGUGCCCGGUGCUGCGGGCAUUGAGGAAAUCAAAAGCCCGGUCCUAGCAUCCGCCCCAGGCUUCACGCAUUCACGAUGUCCACCUGAAAUUCAUAAGUCAUGUAUGGGCGUUAGAUUCAUAGCGGAACAUACGAAAAUGCUCGAAGACUCCACAAAGGUAAAAGAGGAUUGGAAGUACGUAGCAAUGGUGCUAGACAGACUAUUCCUCUGGAUCUUCACCCUAGCAGUAUUAGCCGGUACAGCCGGUAUAAUCCUGCAAGCGCCAACUCUAUACGACGACAGAGUUCCUAUAGACAAAAAAUUCAGUGAAUAUGCCCGCGAUACAGUGGCAAGAUGUCCACCUCAAUAG